UAAAAUAUAGCCACUCUAAAUCUAUUUCAGAAUUUAAAAAAAAAAUUACAUUGGAAAAAAAAAACUUAAGCGACAUACAAGUUUUCAAGCAGACGACAUCAGAGUGCGUCUGCUCGAUAUUCAGCGGCAAGGUCACGCGCGUUAUCAGCAAGACACGCAAAUUGCGCGUCUCAGUUCUUUGCAUACUUCAAGCGCUUCGCUAUUCUGAUAUGCAAGCCAUAAGUAUAAUUAGCAAACAUGGGCUUACAGUAAAUCAGUUCAGAUUAGAAACAAGCAAUAAGUAGAAUUGUACGGUAAUGAUUUCGUGAAAAAAAAAAUAUUGUAAUUUUUUUUUUCUCUUGGAAAGAUUUUUUAUUUGAGAUGUUCUGUGAUACAAGAUGUCUCAAGAAAGUUAUUGAACAGUCUAUUUGUGACAAGGAUCGCUUAUAGUGUGAGCGUUCACAAGUCAAUUAGUUUUGGGUUUAAACUUUGUACAACAUUUUUAUGUUAAUUACAUUCCAUUGUGGAGUUUCCGCUGUGUGCGUGUUUUUUUGUGGGUGUAAAAGUUUGUGUUUUCAAUCUGAAAUAUUUUGUUGUAUAGUACAGAUGUCUUGUGUUGGAGAGUUAAGGUGCCUGGUUAACAAGCCGAGUGGUUCCUAAUUCGAAGAUUUGGAUUUUUUACUUGGAAAGUAAACGCGGUUCGUCUUUGUGCUGGCCACAUAACACUCUCCUUCAUUAUGGUACAAAUAGACAGAUGAUCUUUGGUACAUCAUCCGCCUCAUGGCCAGCUAGGUCUGAAUGGGAGAUCAUUUGAGUUCAUUUCAAAUCUGAAAAACUUUUUGAGCUGUGUUUUGUGCUUGGAGGGAAACUGACCUGAGGGCUGUGUUGAUGUGUUAACAGAGGAGUUAUGAGUUUGGAUUUCUGGAUUGAGGAUUUUUGUUUUUUUCUAUUGUGUUAGUAAAUAGGGACAUGUAAAUUCGAUUUGGAGAUUGUGACAUUAUUUCUUUUUAUCGGGGAUAUUAAUUGAUCAUAGUUGGAUUGUGCUUCUGCAAUCGGACAGAUUCCAGCGAUCCUGAGAGCACGGGCCUAGACUAUAUAAAGGAACCAGUGUUUGAUCACACAACAGUUAUUGAGAUGAAAUUCUAUCCAACCAUUGUAUGAAUGAGCCAUACACAAUUCUUGUCGUUACAGCAAUAACAAAAUGGCAUCCCACUUGAAUAUUGCAGCGUACAUGAGAAGAGUGAACAAGUCUUUAAGCGUACUAAAGAGACUCAGCGUGCUACAGAACAGAACUGCCUUUCUCCUGACCGUAUUCUCUUGUGUCUGGUGCCUGGUCUUUAUAACGUUUGGCUACACAGUGACCUAUUCCGCUUCAGGCCAAGGACCUGCACGUUACGAAAGUGAAAGAAUUGUGCUGACACCGCAAACCUGCGUGCACCCGCAGCUGCUAAUCGACGACCCUGUCAUGGUUAAAUUUUUACAACAUCAUCCACCCGCCGUCUGCAACGUAACUAGGAACUGUGUGUACGUGCUUAAUGGAACGGUCCGGAUUUUACGGCAAGUAGCCGCGAAGAAUCGGGGCAUUUCCUGCGAUUACUACCCCGUACUACGCCUUGGAGACGGGAACAUCACGUGGGGUCCUCCCACGCGGAACAUAACUUCCGGUUUUAAGAUAACAUCGGAUUUUUUCCGUGUCACCUGCAAGGCGAGGAGGGGUCGCCUGAUGUACAACCGAGUUCAUGCCGGCGUGGCCUUGACCCAGGAUAGGUCAGAAAGACCGGAAGUCCCACUAGAUGAAGGUUUUGGCGGCCUGGGAGUGGCCAUCUUAGGAUUCGAUUCAAUGUCAAGGAUGUCCUGGCUGAGACGGCUUCCCAAGACGAGGGCGUACUUUCACGAUGUACUCGGCGCCAUUGAGCUGGAGCACCACAACAUCGUUGGGGACGGCACCACGGCGGUCAUGCUGCCCAUGUUGACCGGAAAGUUCGAGUGGGAACUACCAGAAUGUAGGAGAAAUUUCCCAAAUGCCACAACUAUGGAUGACUUUCCAUUCCUAUGGCAUGAUUUUAAAAAAGCUGGGUACCUGACAUCAUGGUCGAACGCCGCCCCAUUCACAGCGCCCUUCAACUACAGGAUGCACGGUUUUGAGCACCAGCCUACUGACUUCUACACUCGCCCUUUCUACUUGGCCGCUCACAAUCUGACGCAAAAGGAUGAGCCAUUCUGUCUGGGCUCCCAGUCUCAGAGCCAGGUGUGGCUCAACUACUUCCGGGACAUAUUUGUCAUGUACAAGGAGAAGAGGAAGUUUCUGCUUCACUUCCUGGUGGAGAUGUCACACGACGACAACAACCUGAUUACCAUGAUGGAUGACGACAUCAAACGGCUUGUCCAUUUUCUCUACACAGGUGGAUAUCUCAACAAUACAGUUCUCAUCCUGAUGGGAGACCACGGGGCCAGAUAUAGUGAGGUCAGGUCAACCUGGUCCGGGAAAAUGGAAGAACGUCUGCCGUACAUGUCCUUCCUGUUUCCCAAGUGGUUCGAAAGGAAAUUCCCGGAAGCGAUGAAAAAUUUCCGCGCCAACAGGAAGAGGCUCACAACGCCUUUUGAUAUGCACGAAACGUUCCGAGAUUUUCUUCAGUUCGGAGGCACAGGGUCAGGAGAUCUAGACCAGCGAGGCAUCAGCCUGUUCAAAGAGAUUCCUUCUAAUCGGACCUGCAGCCACGCGGGAAUCGCUCCACAUUGGUGCUCCUGCCUUUCUUGGGAGGCCGUCUCUCCUGCGGACCCGGGCGCCACCAAGGCGAUGCAGACGACGAUCCAGACGAUCAACCGUUUCACUUCCGGUUACCGACCCCGCUGCGCCCUGCUCUCCAUCACCAACGUGACGUCACUGACCAAGCUCCAGACCAACAGGGAUGUCCUCAAGUUCACCCAAGCGGACUCAGACGGCGGCAUCUCCCGCCUGGACUUCAACUCGUCUAACGAAAGCGGUUACGUGCUGUACCAGUUGACGUUUGGGACCAGCCCCGGUGGAGGAGAGUUUGAGGUGACGGUUACCAACGACGUCUUGCGCCAACAUUUCUCGCUGAAUGAGACUGACAUAAGCAGGAUCAAUAAAUUCGGCAAUAAUUCCGCGUGCAUUCUCAAGGAAGCCAAACAGAUCAGGCAGUACUGUUAUUGUAAGAACAAUAUACAUCACGAUAUAUAGCAAUACUAAAUCUGGAACUAUAUCAGUAGGCAUUAUAUAUGUUACCGGCAAAGUCCAAAGCCCAUGCAUUCUAUGAAAUGUCGGGUUUUUGUACUUUUCUGGUAGUGUAUUCAGUCCAAGUCUAUGCAAUAAUAAUGUCUUUUUAGACAAUGUGAUAGAGACAUACAGUUCAGUAUUACGACAAUCAUACAAUAACUUAUUGACCAUAUAGUUGUAAUAUAAUCAUCGUUAUCAUGCACACGUUUGAAGUUUCUGGGUUUUGUAAGUCAUUUUUAAUUAUUUUCAUUGCCAAGUCUUGGGGUAUUCUUUUACAUUUUUUAUUUUAUGGGAUUAUGUCCCUUUUUUUUUGUUCUUACGUCUCUUUAUUUUGGCAUUCAUGCCUGUUUUGGGUUAUUCCUGCCUAAUUUGUGUCCUUAUUUGCGUUUUUUCGUUGAAAUUUUUUGAACAAGUAAAUUUUUAUUUACAAAAAAUGA